CGGAGAUGCGGGGCGGCCGCCCCCCGGGGCAUUAUGGCGAAGGCCGGCGCUGCGAGCCCGUUUGCACCGAGAGGCCCCCCCGCCGCCAGCGGAGGCGAUGCGGAGCGCAGACCCCAGCCCCGGCGACGGCGCCUGUGGAAGGACGGACGGCAGCCCCCCUUGACGCGCGCCGCUGAGCAGCCCUGCGAAAUGCCAAACUUUGCGGCCGCCUCGUCUACCGUUUCUCACGACCCCGGGCAUGGUGCUGGUCAAGAUGGCAUGCGUGUGCUGGAAUCUGCUGGUGCUCCACGCGUUUCUGGCGGAUCUGGCCCUGGUCCACGGGGCGGAGAGAAGCUCCCCCAUCCUGAACGUCGCGGUCAUUUUGGGGAGGACCCCGAGCGUCACGGAAAGAGACGUCCGUGCUCUCAGCAGCCGGGAUGUGGCAGGGGGGCUCCCCACUGACGUUAACGUGGUGCCCCUCCUGAUCAACCAGACCGACCCCAAGAGCAUCAUCACCCACAUCUGCGACUUGAUCUCGGGCACCAAGAUCCACGGGGUGGUUUUCGGAGACGACAGCGGCCAGGAGGCCGUGGCCCAGAUCCUGGAUUUUAUCUCCUCCCAGACUCUGAUCCCCAUCCUGGGCAUCCACGGAGGCUCCUCCAUGAUCAUGGCAGAGAAGGAUGAGAUGUCGACCUUUUUCCAGUUUGGGGCGUCCAUCCAACAGGAGGCCAUCAUCAUGCUGAAGUUCAUGCAGUACUACGACUGGCACAUAUUCUCCGUGGUGACCAGCAUUUUCCCUGGCUACCGGGACUUCAUUAGCUUCGUCAAGUACACCGUGGAGAACAGUUUUGUGGGCUGGGACAUGCAAAAUGUGGUGACCCUCGACGCGGCCAUCGGAGAUGCCAAGUCCACAAUUCAGCUGAAGAAGAUCCACUCUUCGGUCAUCCUGCUCUAUUGCUCCACGGACGAGGCCACCUACAUCUUGGAGGAAGCCCGGUCCUUGGGCUUGACAGGCUAUGACUUUUUCUGGAUCGUCCCCAGCUUGGUCCGUGGGGACAUAGAAAUCCCACCUGACAAUUUUCCAGCAGGGCUGAUUUCAGUGGCCUAUGAUGGGUGGGACUACAGUUUGGACGCUCGGAUCCGGGAUGGUCUUGGGAUUAUUACAACGGCCGCUGCAACCAUGCUGGAGAAAUAUUCCUUCCUCCCCGAGGCCAAGACCAGUUGCUACGGGCAGUCGGAGUACAGCGAACAGCCAUCUCACAUGCUUCACAAGUUUAUGAUGAACGUGACUUGGAAAGGCAGAGACUUAUCCUUCACCACAGAUGGCUACCAAGCCCAGCCGCGGCUCGUGGUCACCGUCCUAAACGAGAGCCGGGCCUGGGAGAAGGUGGGCGAAUGGGAGAACCAGACGCUGACCCACAAAUACUCGGUCUGGCCCCGGUUCAACUCUUUCAACGACAGCGACCCGGACCACAACCACCUCAGCAUCGUCACCCUGGAGGAGGCGCCCUUCGUCAUCGUGGAGGACAUGGACCCCUUGACGGAGACCUGCGUGAAGAACACGGUGCCCUGCCGGAAAUUUGUCAUCAUCAACAACAUCACCAAAGAAGGGAAGAACCUGAAGAAAUGUUGCAAAGGGUUUUGCAUCGACAUCCUGAAGAAGCUCUCAAGGACCAUCAAGUUCACCUACGACCUCUACCUGGUGAUCAACGGGAAGCAUGGGAAGAAGAUCAACAACGAGUGGAAUGGAAUGAUUGGGGAGGUGGUCAAGAAGCAAGCCGUGAUGGCUGUUGGGUCCCUCACCAUCAAUGGGGAGCGCUCGGAGGUGGUCGAUUUUUCGGUGCCCUUUGUGGAAACUGGGAUUAGCGUCAUGGUCUCACGGAGCAAUGGCACAGUUUCUCCAUCUGCUUUUUUAGAGCCCUUCAGCGCCUCCGUCUGGGUGAUGAUGUUUGUCAUGCUGCUGGUCGUGUCGGCCAUCGCCGUCUUUAUCUUCGAGUACUUCAGCCCGGUGGGCUACAACCGCAACCUGGCCCAGGGGAAAGACGCUCACGGGCCCUCCUUCACCAUCGGGAAGGCCGUGUGGCUCCUUUGGGGCCUGGUGUUCAACAACUCCGUGCCGGUGCAGAACCCGAAAGGCACCACCAGCAAAAUCAUGGUCUCGGUCUGGGCCUUCUUCGCCGUCAUCUUCUUGGCCAGCUACACAGCCAACCUGGCUGCCUUCAUGAUCCAGGAGGAGUUCGUGGACCAAGUCACGGGGCUGAGCGAUAAGAAGUUCCAGCAGCCCUACGCCUACUCCCCUCCUUUCCGGUUCGGGACGGUCCCCAAUGGCAGCACCGAGAGGAACAUCCGCAACAACUACAAGGAGAUGCACGCGUACAUGGUGAAGUACAACCAGAAGGGAGUGGAGGACGCCUUGGUCAGCUUGAAAACCGGGAAGCUGGACGCUUUCAUCUACGACGCGGCAGUGCUGAACUACAAGGCCGGGCGGGACGAAGGCUGCAAGCUGGUGACCAUUGGCAGCGGCUACAUCUUUGCCACCACGGGCUACGGCAUCGCUCUCCAGAAGGGGUCACCCUGGAAGAGGGCCAUCGACCUGGCGCUGCUGCAGUUUGUGGGAGACGGGGAAAUGGAAGAGCUGGAAACCCUCUGGCUGACCGGUAUUUGCCACAAUGAGAAGAACGAGGUCAUGAGCAGCCAGCUGGACAUCGACAACAUGGCGGGCGUGUUUUACAUGCUGGCCGCCGCCAUGGCGCUCAGCCUGAUCACCUUCGUGUGGGAGCAUCUGUUUUACUGGAAACUCCGCUUCUGCUUCACUGGGAUGUGCUCCGACCGGCCAGGGCUGCUGUUUUCCAUCAGCCGGGGUAUCUACAGUUGCAUCCAUGGGGUCCACAUUGAGGAGAAGAAAAAGUCUCCCCACUUCACCCUGACCAGUUCUCAGACCAACAUGUUGAAGCUCCUGCAGACGGCCAAGAAUAUGACCAAUGUGAACCCCGGGCGGAUCAAUUCCCCGCAAAGAGCAGCUGAAUUCAUCCGCCGUGGAUCGUUGAUGAUGGACCUGAUGAUGGAAAAGGGCAGUUUCAUCUUCUCGGACAGCAACCGCCCUCUGACCCCCAAGGAGAACAUCUUCAGCGACAACACGAACGAGCUGCAGACCUUCCCUGCUAACCGCCACCCGGAUAAUCUCAACAACUACGUCUUCCAAGGGCCGCACCCACUCACGCUGCACGAGUCCAACCCGAAUACGGUGGAGGUGGCCAUGGCGGCCGAGGGCAAGGAGAGCUCCCGCCCGAGGCAGCUAUGGAAGAAAUCGCUGGAAUCUCUGCGCCAAGACUCCCUCCGGCAGAGUCACGGUUCUCAGAGGGACGAUGGCACGGGGGAAAGCCGGCGGCACUCCCUGAAAGGUCCCAGGUACCUCCCUGAAGACGUCCACUCAGACGUCUCCGACUCCUCCAGCAGAGCCGCUGGCCACGCAGAGGGGGAGAGCAACAGCAAGCCCCCCAAGACCAAGGACAACGCGAAGAAGAGGCCUGCAUCGAAGUAUCCCAAGGAUUGCAGCGAGGUGGAGCUGACCUACCUGAAGAGCAAGCAGUCCUUACCCCGGGACAAAAUCUACAUCAUUGAUGCAGACAAACAGCACAGUUUCCACCUUGAUGUUUCCCCAGAGUAUGUGGAGAACAUUAUCCUUCCUGAGUCGGCUGACUUUUCCAAUCUUUAUCAGGAUCGCAACGACAGCUACCGGGCCCCCGAGCAGAGCAACCAGAUCCCCUUGACCAACGAGGAAAGUCUUCCAAGUAACGGCCAGUACAAGCUCUACCCAAAGCACUACAGCACGAAAGACAAAAACGUGGCCUACGGCGAAGCAAACGAGCGAUACCGGCAGAAGGCCACGCACUGCCGGAGUUGCCUGACCAGCCUGCCCAGUUACGCGGGGCACUACUUGAGCCGCUCACCCUACCGGUGCGCCGCCUGCGUGCGGAUGGGCAGCCUCUAUGACAUUGAGGAGGGCCAGAUGCUGCAGAGCCCUGCCCACUCCGGGCCCCGGGAAGAACUGUGCCAGCAGGACUGGGCCCAGGCGGAGAAGAGCCAGCCGCCCCGGAAGAGCAAGCUGCAAAUCAGCAGGCAGCGUUCGUUCGACAACCUCUUCAGUAAGCAUCGGGACGGCAAUGGGGGCAGAACGGCUCGCAGCAUCAGUCUGAAAGAGAAGGAGAGGCUUCUGGAAGGGGGCCCCUACGCCACCCUCUUCAGGGCUCCCCAAAGCAAACACUCGAGCGGCAAGCUCCCGCUCUUCUCACGCACGUUGGACGACGGUAAGAGGAUCAAGUCGCUGUACCUGGAGUGCUCAGCAGAGAACCCUUUUCUGCGUUCUUACUGUGACGACCAGCACUUGGUCCUGGCGCCGAGUCCCACCGGCCUGCACAGACAGCCGGCCUAUGACAGCGUCUCCAGGUCGUCGGUCAAAUCGGCAGCCUCGUACUGUUCCAGAGAUGGCCGGGUCCACAACGACGCGUGGGUUUCGGAGCACGGGAUGCCUUACGUGGCCACUCAGAACAGCCUGUACUCUGCUCCACGAGGGUUAGACUCCUGCAGCGACAGACGGGUCUAUAAGAAGAUGCCCAGCCUGGAGUCGGACGUGUAGCCCUGACCUCUGGGGGGACAUAGUUGCCAGAGGCCAAAGGGGGCGGCCCUUAGCAGAGCGUUGGAGGAGGGGGAAGAGACCGGUUGCCUUGCGUAGAUCCCAGUCCCAUGUGCUUAGUUCCACCAGAGAGAAGGAGCAGGAAGGGGCCGUGGGAAGGGACAGCCCACUCCCCAGGGGCCACUGCGUGGACUACACUACCCAUAGUUCUGUCUCCCCCUCCCCCGUCAAUUAAGUUUGGUGAAAAAUCUCUUCUGCCCCAAGCAGAGUUCCAAUUCUUGAUCCAAAGGAAUAGCCAUGCAAAGGAAGGCCGAUCUGUAGAGCAGAUUUGCCCCCCCUCCCAGGGAUGGUUGAAAGCAGGACACGAGUGGCCACCCUGGAUGGUCACUGCAUUGGGAAAAAGCUGCGCCCCCUGUUGGCAACUAUGUUGUUUUUCUACCAGGAUGGUUCUUUUGCCCCGUCGGUUGGACUCCGUCCUCCUAGCACUUUCGCCCUCUGUAAUUCUGCCCUCCCAAAAUUUUAUUUUUUAACGGAGAAUAAGCAAUAUGGUAUGCAUGUACUUUGACACAGAACAAAAGCUAAACAAAACAAAAAGCAAGUUUAAGAAUGCGUUUGCACACUUACCGUGGUAAGACUUAUCCAAGAGAUUAGAAAGAUAGUCCUUUUUUAAACGAACAACUAUCUAUCGCUAUAGCUCUAUGAUUUAGCCUCAUAUUUAUUUUUAAACACAGACAAAAGAAAGCAAAAAAACAAAAAAACAAAAAAAAACCAAACCUCAGGGCCCAUGAAUGGAAUCAAUAUUGUCUUCAUCUGUCUCUGUCUUGCAGAGAGCCAACUGCAAUUCACCCUGGACUCCUCCUCCUCUUCCUCCUCCUCCUCCUCCUCCUCCAGAUCCCAUGGCAAGGAAAGACACUGCUGAGGUGGGUCACUGGCUCCACACUGGGCCUUCAACCAGGAAUAGGGGUCUGGGGGCUUGUCUCAGGAAAGGAGGGCCAGUGACCCCCUCCUGCUCCCGUCUAAGAGAGAGAUCCUGUAGUGGCCGGGUGCCCUGGGAGAGGCCGGUGGGGUCUUCUUGGACCAGCUGCCAAUCCGGAGAAGGUCCUGAGCCUAAACAUCCAGCAGCCCAGACAGGAACCAGAUGCAGGAAGGUCUCUGUGGCAGAGAUGACCCCGGUGGAGGGUCUGGAAGCCUGGGAUUUAUUCUCGUAUUUCUUCCGAAGUAGAGCCAGUUGGGUACCCCCCAAAUUAGCACGUGAGGACACCCCCCCAUCGCUUGUUCUUUUGGGUGAUGCUAAGCGUUGGUUUGCACAUUUCUGUUCCCACAACUUCCUUCUUCCUGACCCUGUGGGUUUCGCGUUAGACAGGAGGUGAGCAGGCAGCCCAGGACUUUCCUUGGCAAGGAAGAGAAGGGGAAAGCCUUUGUCCGGCUGGAUCCUCUGUCUGAUGUUGCACUGCCAGGUGUUGUGGGAUUAGGGCAGUGGAAAGGAUCUCGGGGGCUUUUGAGGUGGGAGGUGGGGAUGAAGGGAGCCAUCAGCCAGGGAGGCUCGUCCCAAUUGCUGCAUUGGGGUCUGAGGCUCAUCGAGCGGGAGGAGCCGUUUCUGGGAGAUUGUCCCCUGAUGGUGGAAGUCAUGGCCUUUUGCUCCAGUUUUGAAAAGAUGGGCAUUGUUUGCGCUUUAGGGACAGACCUGGAUCGGAAGGAAGCCGGGGCUGCUGUUACAGGAAGCAGCGCUCGAGUCUCAAAGGAAUCUUGUUGCUUUGGGAAUGAUAAGAGUAGAUCCCAAUGUGGUCACAGCAUCUAGGGAAAACUCUUCCCUCGAGUGGAAGACCAUAAUUCCAGUGAAAAGCAGGGGGAUCAGGGACGGAGUGGUUUGGAGGCUUUAGAACCUCUUCUUGUAAACAAUGGAGCUUCAACCUGAAGCUGAGGUGUCCCUUCAGCCCCUGCAGGACCAACCUUGUCAUGUCUGGAGACACCCUUGGUCCCUCUUCUUUCUCUGGUGAGACAAAUUCGGAGCAGAACCCCAAAACAAGAGGAGGUGCUGGAAUCCUCAGUGGCCCAAGGGGUUGGACCUGUUGGAUGAUGGUUUCUGUGCCCCAUCGCUUUGUUUUAUUUCACAGCUCAUUCUGCAGCCGAAUUAGUUUGCUGGAACUGCACUGCCCAGCUUCACACCUAGAAGCUCUUCAUCCCCGUGGAAGGAAAGCAUUUUUCAGUUUUAGUGCAGGGGGCAGAUACGUCGGCACAGCGCGUAGACCUCAUAAUCUUAACUCCACACCCAAGGUUUCCAUGUGUUUGCGUCCGUCUCAAUGGUGGUAUCUCAGGGCUUAAUAGUAUCUGUCUUUUUGUCUCCUCACCUUGAUUCAAAAUACACACAGAAAGGCACUUCCAUUAAAACAGCCGCAACUUAUAAUGUUGACUGCCCACUUCUUAAUAUCCAAGGCCAACAGUCAUAUGUAUGGAACGGACUUCACUGGGAGGAGAAUGUCUCACCUAGCUUGGGAGCAGCUCUGUAAUGAUGAGUUACUUUGUUUUCAGAAUAUCACGAUCAUCUGUCUGUAUGUUUGGAACCGGCGUCAAUUUCUCUAAACAAGUUUAUUUUAAAUGUGUAAUAUAUGCACCUAACUUGCAUAACCUUGGAGUAGCAAGGAGAACAUCACCCAAGUCUUCCUAAAUUAGGGACCCACUCUGGGUUUGGUCUGGGGUGGAUUUACACACUCGCGUUCCAGGCAACCUUAUAAAACCUGCACUGUGAAUACAGGUCAGUUCAACACGAAAAGCAGGAAGAGAAACCAGAAGGUUUCAGGCCUCCGUUGGCCAUCCUGCUCCAGCUUCCGUUGCAGGGUGGGGGACUCUGGGGCGUAUGGAAAAACACGGGGUCUGAAGUAGAGAAGAGGGGUGAGGUUGGGCUCCACGGCCUGAAUGAGAACCGCCAGGGAAGGGACCCAAUCCACUGCUUUUCAGCAUCGCUGCUGAAGAGACAGGCCCAGCAGGAGUCUCCUGCUUGAGCAGGGGGUUGGACUAGAAGACCUUCAAGGCCCCUUCCAACUCCGUUAGUCUGAGUCUCUCGCUACAGGCAGCCUCGGGUCUCCUGGUGACCUCUUGAUCUUUGAGAAUCGGUUAGUCCUUCUGGACACGUGGCCUUCAGCUGGCUUUCUCUUCAAGGAAGGUCAGCAUUUCGCUGAAGAACAUUAUUCUAUAGAUUUAUUUAUUUAUUUACCAAAUUUAUAUGGCCGCCCAUCUCAUGGAAAGUGUCUCUAGGCGGCGUACAACAGAUAGAUCAUCUCAGGGUUGAAACGAAGAAAUGGAGGGUUGGGAAGCUGCAGUUUUCAUGUAGAAACUUCUGCAGUUCCGGAAAGCCAUGUUUACAUGUUGUUCUCUCUUGGGGGUGGGGGUGGUGAGAGAAAUGGGGUGGCCCCCUUGGGCGAGGCAGACCGAAGGUCUGGUCCAACGGCUCCUGUUCUGGGAGAAGAGCCUGGGCUUCAUCAUUUCAAACCAUCCAUCCUCCCUCGGGCUACCUGAACUCGUAGGUGGAAUCUCUCCUGGUGAAGCGGUGGUUGUGUAUUCCGUCUCAGUGUCAGUUCUUAAGAAAGAAUCCAUGUAGGGCCUGGGGCAGAGAUUAAGCGGAACCUCCCUGAUUCAUCCGCUAAACAUUUCUGUCAAGAUCUCCAAAAUGUUCCUGGGUGGCAGGAUCUCCUUGGUCCUGAAUCUUCAGCGAACGGGUCUUUUCAGAGAGAAAUCUCCGGGGGGUGGUGGUUUCAGAAAGAAAAACUGCCCAGAUCCUACAUUGGUCUGCUGAAAACACAGCUGGUUGGCUCAGAUAACAGCCAAGCAUCUGCCUUUCGGAAAUCCAAUAAAUCUGUUAGAUAGUUGUAAUAUCCUCCCCCCCUCCACACACACACACACCAAAGUUUCUUUCUAGCACUGUUUACUGUUACAUCCUUGAGAGAAUAAUUCCUCAGAGGUUCAAGUGUUUGGAUGUCAAAUUGGUACAUCGCACUACACGGGCAGAGAAAUCUCUAGCUGGCUCAGUGGUAAAUAGAGCAUUUUGCAGAUUGUGAGAAGUGCACAUAACAACUCUUCCCCUCCCCCCCAAAGAGAAAAUUUGGGUAGAGUCAUGUGUGUAACUUAAUUUUUCAAUACUCCAUUUCAAAUGAAUACAAGCCCUUGUUUGCUAGGGAGUCAAUUGUGACCCCAAAAUGCGACCCUCCCCCACAACCCAAAGGAGAAAACCUCUCCUAGACAGAACAGCCUAACCCUUCAUACACAGUACUCUUGGUUAUACGUGUACUGCUAAGUGCAUUCGAAGUACAAUUAAGGUGACCACAAUGCUUGGCAUUGGCAUCUAUCAAGCCACCCUCCUCAGCUGGCACCCACCAGAUGUGCGAGGCCUGGAGCUCUAAAAAUACUAGGGGUCAAUUCCUUGCGCAUCUGAGGAGGGGCUGGGGAGAUUACAAAAGAGUUUGCCAUUUCGGAAUACAAUUUGCAUAGUGUGUAUAUGAUGGUGAAAAACCAGAUCACAAAGAACCAAAUGGGAAGCUGGCCAAUUCACCAUUUCAUGUAUAAACAUAUGGUUGGGUCAAUUUAACUCAACGCCAUCGCAUUACAACAAUUUCUGUGUUGAGUUUUUUUCUGUUGUUAAUAUUUGAAGGACGGGGACUUCUGGGCAAUCUCUUUUGUACCUGCCAAAUGGGUUCUUCUGGGAGGUGCCCUCCCGAAUUGAUACACUCACAAAUAACCAAUUCAUCCCCAUGACAUCCAAGUUGACCCAUUGAGUUCUUUUGUGAUUCUGACCUACACACCCUCUAAAUUGUAUUAAAUAGAUAUGAAGACUCACUCCUGUGACUCGUUCUGUUUCGAUCUCUUUGGACCCGUCGGUUCUGAUGCAUUUUUGUCCUUUGGAGCCUGUUCUCAGGGCUUCUGGAGGUGCUUGUCCUACAGCUUGUUCAGAGGAAGCAUUGAGCAGACGCGUCUCCUGGUGAGCAUCCUUGUACGAUAUUCAUGUAUCCAAGCACCUGCUUGUUGCAUUCAUGUAUUAUGCAUUUUAGAUGCACAUGCACACCAACGUAGGUGUUUAAAUACACAGGAAGUCUUUACUGGACUCACUUUACUAAAAGCCAGAAUUGAUACGACAGUCCUAUCCCUGGAGGCCACCUGGAAGGAUCCAUUACAUGUUCAAAUCAAUACUUGGUAUUGAUGUCAUCCAGCAGCUAACCUACAUUGUGUGAGUUGGCUAUCAGAAGUGGAGCAUAAGCAUUUUCAACACACAAAGCAGCAGUUAUAGGUUUUAGAACUCAACCAUUUUAAAAUAUGCACCCACACUCAAAGGAUCAUGAAUGAACAAUCUGACCAUCCACAAUUGUAGAUGUCUUUAAAAAUCUUACAUCAAUAGUUGGAUCUGCUGGUCUAAAACAGAUACAGGAUUCAGGUAAAAUUUUGUUUGUUUGUUUCUCUGUUCUGUACACUCAACGGCAGUUUUAUCUUCAUCUGCAUAUUUAAACCCAAAUGCAUGACUAAGCACUUAAUACUGUAUAAAUAAUAUUUUGAGACAUAUCUACAAAAACAAACCCACAAAUGUUUGCUUUAAACUUUUGUUGAUAGAAAAAAAGUAUAUAAUGACUACUAUUGUCUUCAAAUUGUAUUGUAUUUUUCAUUUUUGUUAAUGAUAAUGAAGAGAAGAGAGAGAAUGAGAGAAAGAUGCUAAGGGAGUGAUGGAACUGAGUGUUUGCCUAUGCUGAAAUGUACAUACCUGUCAGAGAAAACACGUGCCAAGUAUAACAAAAUGUACAAAAUGUAAAUACAUGAAAAAUUUCAUUUUUCUAAUAAAGAUAAUUUCUGCCA